AUGGGUUUGAGACUGGACAUUGCAAUGAUAUUAAUGCUAUUCUUGCUAAAAUCCACUGGCAACGUCCAAGCCAGUAUCUUUGAUGUGAAACAGUAUGGAGCAAAAGCUAAUGCGGAUGUCACCCAGGCUUUGACAAAAGCUUGGAAAGCUGCAUGCGCAUCAACGGGUCAGAGUAAAGUUGUGGUUCCAGGAGGGACAUACAAGUUGGGCGCAGUGCCUUUGGAAGGUCCUUGCAAGGGUCCUAUAGAGCUUCAGGUUAUAGGCACUUUACAGGCCCCAGAACAACAAUCUGGGGAUAGUUGGGUCAGUUUUAACCAUGUCGACUUUUUUACAUUGUCGGGCAGUGGAACUUUUGACGGCCAAGGGAAAAUCGCUUGGGGUCAAAGUGAAUGUUCCAAAAAUAAGUACUGCAAGCAACUUCCUAUUAAUAUAAGGUUCAACUUCAUCACCAAUGCAAUCAUCCGGGACAUAACAUCAUUGGACAGCAAAGAGUUCCACAUUAAUGUUUUGGGGUGCAAAAAUGUUACAUUCCAGCAUGUUACCAUAAAAGCACCUGAAACUAGUGUCAACACUGAUGGAAUCCACAUAGGGCGUUCAACAGGGAUCCACAUAAUUGAUACAAAUAUUGGAACCGGAGAUGAUUGUGUCUCGCUUGGUGAUGGAAGUCGGGAUAUAACUGUUGAGAAAGUAAAUUGUGGACCUGGCCAUGGAAUAAGCAUAGGAAGUCUUGGAAAGUUCCCAAAUGAAGAACCUGUGAGUGGUGUCAAAGUCAUUGGUUGCACUCUUACCAAUACAAUGAAUGGUGUGAGAAUCAAAACAUGGCCUGCUUCCCCGACUGGCUCUGCCUCUGAUAUGCAUUUUGAGGACAUUAUCAUGAAUAAUGUUGGCAAUCCUAUCAUCAUUGAUCAAGUUUACUGCCCAUGGAAUCAGUGCCAAGCAAAGAUACCCUCUAGAAUUAAGAUCAGCAAUGUUAGCUUCAUAAACAUUCGAGGCACAUCUAAGUUUCAGGAGGCUGUCAAGCUUGUUUGUAGUAAGGGCGUGCCAUGUGAAAAAGUGGAGCUUCGUGACAUAGACCUCAAAUACAACGGACAUGACGGCUCUUCCACAUACCACUGUAUUAAUGUCAAGCCCAAGAUUUCUGGCAAACAGAAUCCUCCUGCUUGUACUGUCAAAGCUUAAUCUAGUUUAAGCUUUUGAGUAAAUAUUAGUGCUUGUGUUCAUAUGUAGAACACGGUUUAAGAAGGCAGUUAAAUUUAGAGUAAAUGUAAUUAUUUUCUUUGUAAAGUGAUUGUGUUCAUAACUUCAUAUAGAGAACACAGUACAACUGAACAUUUGUACA